AUGUACUCAGUCAAUCUUCUCACAGCGACGCUGUUGGCGACCAGCAUGGUUCUUGCAAAAUUGACAACUAAUACCGUCACACGUAGGUUCCGUUUUCGAGAUAUUCGCAAGGCCAACCUCACAGGUCCAAAACAUGUUAACAUACCCAAAGCGACUUCACUCCGGCCUUUGGCAGCCAUCACAACCGCACCAACCUCCUCCACAACCCCCCCAAGACGCGCCAUCGUGACAGUCACCGUCUCCAGCUGGACGACCCAAAUCAUCACUAGGACGCAAAUCGAUACUGUAAUCGAGACAAUCACCGUCUGGGUCCCGCCGUCGACGACCAUAUCGACGGUCCGAUCGACUUCGAGCUCAUCUGUAGCAUCUUCUUCGCGAAGCGCUUCUGUUACGACACCUCCCGUCUCCGAGCCAACGCAGAGCAAGUAUGGGCAGUGCGGGGGGUCGAGUUAUGUCGGUGCUACGAGGUGUGCUGCUGGGAGUACUUGUAGUGUUUUGAAUCAGUGGUAUUAUCAGUGCUUGUAG